AAGACAAAGUCAAUAAGGGGAGGCCAUAACCCCAUUCUUGCCUGCACAGAAUCCAAAAUACCAAAAUCGGAGAGAACCUUUCAACAAACUCCACGGCAAAAAAUCUUGAAUUUUCUUUCUCUAUCUGCUUUUAUAUCUCGAGUUACAUAUAUAGCUGCAGCGCGUAUAAAAAUCUGGGUCAGCGGCUGAGUCAAAAUCCAGUAGGUGUACCAAUUUUUUCGCUUGUCGUUUCUUCAAAAAGUAUCGAUACCCUUUGGAUCGAGGUUUUGAAUUUCAGGGCUUUGAAGUUUUUAAGAGUAGAUGUUGAUUGGUGGAGAAAGAAGCUGAGUUUGAGCUGAAUUAUAUGGAUUGUCUAUGCUGUUUCGAUUCGCUUGCAGGAGGACGGUCGUCAUGUGGCUCUGGCAAGGGAAGAAGCCACCACGGGCCUGCCAAGUUUGGUUUCAACCUUGUUAAAGGGAAAGCAAGCCAUCCCAUGGAGGAUUUCCAUGUUGCGAAGUUUGUUCAGAUGCACGGACGUGAGCUAGGGCUGUUUGCUAUUUAUGACGGGCAUUUGGGAGACAGUGUACCUGCAUAUUUGCAAAAGCAUUUGUUUUCCAAUAUCUUGAAGGAGGAUGACUUCUGGACUGAUCCACAGACAGCGAUCUUUAAAGCAUACGAGAGAACUGAUCAGGCUAUUCUCUCGCACAGCCCCGAUCUAGGGAGAGGUGGGUCCACUGCAGUCACUGCAAUUCUCAUAAAUGGCCAGAAAUUGUGGGUAGCUAAUGUUGGGGAUUCACGAGCAGUCCUUUCUAGACGGGGGGAGGCUAUACAAUUGUCGAUUGAUCAUGAGCCCAAUACUGAGCGAGGCAGCAUAGAAGAUAGAGGUGGCUUUGUUUCAAACAUGCCAGGAGAUGUUGCAAGAGUAAAUGGCCAACUUGCUGUUUCUCGUGCUUUUGGAGACAAGAACUUGAAGACGCACUUGCGAUCUGACCCUGACGUUACUAGUGCUGAUAUCAAUCCAGAUAUCGAGCUCCUCAUCCUUGCUAGUGAUGGCCUGUGGAAGGUCAUGACCAACCAAGAGGCAGUUGACAUUGCAAAGAAGAUUAAGGACCCCCAGAAGGCAGCCAAGCAAUUAGCCACUGAAGCAUUGGAACGAGAAAGUAAAGACGAUAUCUCCUGCGUCGUUGUCCGGUUUAAAGGGUAAAACCCGUACACAAGCGAUGAUCCCGGUGUGCAGUAUAUAUUUAUUUAUAUAGGGGACAUCUGUUAGGACGACACCAGAAUUUACAGAAAAAAAAACAGGCCCUAAAAUUCUUCGGUAUCAGCAUAAACCAUUCCGUGUAUCCUUCAAGUGAUUAUAUGUGUCCCUCCCCUUCCCUUCUGUAAUAUGUUAGAUUCUUUUUACUCAGGAUGUGUGGUGGCUAGAUGUUUGGUUUCUUCAGCCUGUAGAUUCAUAUGAUAGUUGUUAUUAUUAUCAUUAUUUUUUUUUUCCGAAAAUUUGCAUGCAGACAUUGGAGAUUUAGGUAUUGACAGACUUUGGUUUUCAUGUAAUGUUUGAUGAAAUGGACCAGCUUUCCUUUUGUAUGAUUGAAAUAUUUAUUUGAAACCUCUUUCAAUAGAGUUAUUUGAUCA